GGUCCGCCCGUAAGGUUCAACUUAAAAGCCAGUUUACCUACAGAAAUCUGCACUGUGCCAUCACCGUGACAAUGAAGUCGGGACACGGACGUCAGUGGCGGGGCUGCUUGCUUGCACUUCGCUUCCUCUUCCUAUUUUUCUGGGGCGUCCCUGGGGCCAGGGCAUUGGACAAUGGCUUGGCGAGGACGCCUACCAUGGGCUGGCUACACUGGGAGCGCUUCCUAUGUAACCUUGACUGCCAGGCAGAGCCGGAAUCCUGCAUCAGUGAGCAUCUCUUCAUGCAGAUGGCAGAGCUCAUGGUCUCAGAUGGCUGGAAGGAUGCCGGUUAUGAAUACCUCUGCAUUGACGACUGUUGGAUGGCUCCCGAAAGAGAUCCAGAAGGCAGGCUUCAGGCGGACCCUCAGCGCUUUCCUGGGGGGAUCCGCCGCCUUGCUGAUUAUGUCCACAGCAAAGGACUAAAGCUAGGGAUUUAUGCAGAUGUUGGAAAUAAAACCUGUGCAGGGUACCCUGGGAGUUUCGGACACUAUGACAUUGAUGCCCAGACCUUUGCUGAGUGGGGAGUAGAUCUGCUAAAAUUUGACGGUUGUCAUUGUGACAGUGUGAAGCAUUUGAUUGAAGGUUAUCAGUACAUGUCCUUGGCUCUGAACAGGACUGGCAGAAGCAUUGUAUACUCCUGUGAGUGGCCUCUUUAUAUGUGGCCCUUUCAUAAGCCCAAUUACACAAAAAUCCGGACAUACUGCAAUCACUGGAGAAAUUCUGCUGACAUUUAUGAUUCCUGGGAAAGUAUAAAGAGUAUCUUGGCCUGGACAUCUUCAAACCAGGAGAAAAUUGUUGAUGUCGCUGGACCAGGGGGCUGGAAUGACCCAGAUAUGUUAGUGAUUGGCAACUUUGGCCUCAGCUGGAAUCAACAAGUAACUCAGAUGGCUCUCUGGGCUAUCAUGGCAGCUCCUUUAAUCAUGUCUAAUGACCUCAGACACAUCAGCCCUCAAGCCAAAAGUUUACUUCAGGAUAAAGAUGUGAUUGCCAUCAACCAGGACCCCUUGGGCAAGCAGGGGUACCUGCUUAGAAAGGAAAGCAGCAUUGAGGUGUGGGAACGACCCCUCUCAAACUUAUCCUGGGCUGUAGCCGUUAUGAACCUGGAGGAAAUUGGUGGACCCUGUUAUUAUACCAUCCAAGUUGCUUCCCUUGGAAGAGGAAUAGCAUGUAAUCCUGCCUGCCUCAUCACACAGCUCCUCCCCGAGAAAAGGAAACUUGGGUUCUAUACAUGGACUUCAACCAUAAAAACCCGAGUAAAUCCCACAGGCACCGUUUUGCUCCAGCUAGGUGGAACAAGUAAGACUACAUCACACUGAUGUUUACAUCCAUCACUUCCUGCAUGCCCACUAUUUCAUCCAAGCUCCAAGAGUGAUGGCUUAUUCCCUCACUGUACCAGUUUUCCUUCUGUUCCUCACACAUCACGAGCAUACUGCUACCUCAGGGCUUUGACACUAGCUUUUGUUUUUUGCCUUGACCUUUCAUUCUUCAGAGGGCCAGCUCCUUAACAUUGCACAUCUCAGGGGCAGCCAUUAUGGUAAGAUACAUUUUGGCCUGCGUCCCUUAUUUGAGUGCCUGACCUGAGUCCUAGCUAUUCCACACUUCUGAUCCAGCUUCUUUCCAAAUGAGAGGUAGUCGGUGACGCCCUAAGUACUGUGUUCCUGCCAUCAAUGCAAAAGACUCAGAUGAAGUUCUGGCUCCUGGCUUUCACCUGGCCCAGCCCUGCCUGAUUCUGAAAGAACCAGUGGGCAGAACAUCUCUGUCACUCUUUCAAAUAAAUCUAUGUCCUUGAGUAAAAUUUUCCUAAGUUGGAACUUUCUAGAGGAAGUUGGGCAAAAGUUCUUGAACCAGUUGGAAAACAAUAGCUGUCAUUUGCUGUGUACUUGGUGCUAGACACUGAGAUGCUUAAGGUGUAUUGAUCUACUUGACUACCAACUCUAAGGCAGCUAUGUGCCCACUGUAAUUUCAGAGCCAGGAUUUAACACCAAGCACUAUACUGCUGCCUACUGAAGUGCUUGGGAUGGCUGUUUAUAAUCUUAGUGCAAACAGAAAAGGAAACCUGCCUCAAUUGAAUGAUGAAAAGUCCACAAACAUGGGGUAGAGUGUUUGGCCUAUAGUGGUUACACCAGUUUUAAGAUGCUUGCUUGCAUCCCCUAUCAGAGUGCCUGUGUUCAAGUCCUGGCUCCUGACUUUGUGCUAAAGCAGAUACUGACAAGAGGAGGUGAUAGCUAGGUUCUUGCCACCUACAUGGGAGACCUGGGUUGACUUCCCUGCUACCAGGCUUCAGCUCAUAGGUGGAGGGGAGAAGGGUGGAAGGAGACAGGCAGGGCAUUUUAAGUAUUUGGGGAUACAACCAGCAGACAGGAGGUAUUAACCACCUUGGGGCCACAUUGUCACAUAGUGCAGCAAGCUAAGUGGCCAGCUACGCUAGCUAGCACCCCUAACUGUAGUGGCUGCUCCACCUCCAGUACUCAACGGGCCUGUGAAAGCAGUGCAUGACCCAAAUUCUUGGGCCCCUGCCACCCACAAGGGAGACCAGGAUGGAAUGCCAUGCUCCUGGCUUCAGCCUGGCCCAGCCCCAACUGUUGCAGCCACUUGCGGAGUGAACCAGUGGAUGAAGAUGCCUCUCCCUAACUCUGCCUUUCAAAUAUAUUUUUAAAAAUGCACAAUACACAUGAAGUUGUAUUCCUUAGACAAAAUCAAAAGGAAAAUAAACUUUAAAAAAGUACAUAAUAGUGCUAAAGAAUUCCAUUCAAAACACAGUGGCACAGUAAUAUGAUACCCCUGGAAAAGUCUUCCAUCCCCUUACAGCUCCUGGGUUUAUAACCCAGCUGAUGUACACCAUGCAAGGUCAGCAGGCUCAAGCAGAUUAGGUCCCUGGAACUUGCAUGGGAGAUCUGACCUGGCCCAGCCCUAGCCAAUGCAGACAUACAGAAAUUCUUAGAAUACAAAGUGCAUGCUGAGGGGAAGGUGUUGUGGCAUAGUGGGUUAAGGGACCUCUUGGGAUGCCUACAUCCCUUAUUAGAGUGCCUAGUGGUAAUCCCACUACUCUGCAUUUGCAAUCCAGAUCCUUACAUGUACUUGGGGGGACAGCACAUGGAGCAGUUAACCAGCAGAUGGCAAAUUAUCAUUCUAUCAUCUUUAAUAACCCUUGCCUGUUGGGUGACUACCAAUUAUUUCUAAAAUUUGAAGGCUAGUAUCACCAAUUAAUAGAAGUUGGAAUAGAACUAUGAAGCCUAGGUUUGCUCAUCUGUGGAUACAUAAACUAAUUUGAAAGUAAACUGUUCCACUUGAGAUGCUCUCCCAAUAACCAAACUACAGUUUUGCUGCAGAUCUCCAAAGAGCUAAGUAAGACUGAAGAGAAAGAGGAAAACAAUAUAUAAUCGGCAACUGUCACAUAGGCACUUUUAAAAAAAAAAGAUUUAUUUGAGAGUUAUAGGCAGAGGGAGAGGUUUUCCAUUCACUGGUUCACUCCCUAAAUGGCCAAUAAAAGCCAGGAGCUUCAUCUGGGUCUCUCAAGUGGGUGGAGGGGCCCAAGCAGUUGGGCCAUCUUCCACUGCUUUCCCAGGCCAUAGCAGAGAGCUGGAUUGGAAGAGGAGCAGCUGAAUGGGACACGAACAGGCACCCAUAUGGGAUACCACAGGCAGAGGCUUAGCCUACUACCCUACAGUGCCAGGCCCCUAAAUAAGCACUAUUAAAAAUGGACACAAUAGCCUUGAUUCCACUGGGAAGCUUACUAUAUCAGAAAUUAUAUUCCUUGCAGUUAUUUCAACAUGAUAGAAAUAAUUUGUAUUUUAUACAAAUUACUAUAUAUUUAAAAGGGCUAUGGAAAUCUUAAUAUACUGUGUUUACGGUGGCAAAAAAACAAUCUAAAUGAAAGAUCCUGGUGAACAAGACCCCAGCAGAAGGAACAGGCCAUCAAGGAGAGGCACCUUUCUCUGAAGGGAGGAAGGAACCUCCACUGUGACACAGCCUUGACUAAACAAGUUCAGAGUCUGUGAACUCAAGGGGCUUCCAUAGCCUAGACAGCUCAGAGCAAGAGUCUUGGGUGAUUGCUGACGUCAUAAAUAAGAGUGCCAAUUGUUAACAACGGGAGUCACUGGGUACAUGCUCCCCACGUAGGAUCUCUGUCCUUAAUGUGUUUUACUAUGAAACUUAAAAACACUACUAGCCGAACAAUACCCUAUACCUUGUGCGGUUGUGUGAAUGCAGCCUGUUGAAAUCCUUGCUUAGUAUAUACUAAGUUGAUCUUCAGUAUAUGAAGGUAAUUGAAAAUGAAACUCAA